AUGGAUCACAACGACCUGGAGAUGAGCCACAAGGAUAACAAAGUCAUUGAGUCGGUGGAUCAGCAGGAAUAUAAUUCCAAACAUGCUGCAUUCUAUCCUCACAGAGCCCGUGGUACUCAAGUCUUGGAUCGAUACAUCAGUUUCAUUCCGACGAUAGCUUUCCCAGCCACGUUGCAGUCAUCAUGGGAAGCUGUUGCAGUCAGUUUCCAAGCUGGUCUGCUCAAUGGCGGGCCAACAGCGUUAGUCUGGGGGACGCUAUUGUGUAUUAUUGGAUCUCUUGCCGUGGCUCUCUCACUUGGUGAGAUGGCAUCCAUAACACCUGUCGUCGGUGCGCAAUAUCGUUGGACUGCUCUUUACUCGCCCAGAGGGCUUCUGUCUCCAGCAUUCUGGAGCUUACUCCAAGGCACUGUUCUCUCAACUUGUUGGAUCACUGUAUUUGCAUGGAUUGCGGUCUGUGCACAAGUAUGCUUCCUUGAGGGCACCAUCCUCCAAGGUCUCAUUAUCCUGAACGAUGACACAUAUGUGCCUAAGCUGUGGCAUGGCACCCUUCUAGCGUGGGCCAUCCUUGCCUUGCCCCUGCUAUGCAAUGUCUUUGCCAGAAGAGUCCUUGCACAACUAGAGGUCCUUGGAGGCGUCCUGCACAUUGUCCUCUUCAUCGUCUUCGUCGCAGUGCUAGUAUCGUUGUCGCCCCGGAGCUCUGCUGAUUUCGUGUUCACGGAUACAAUCACUAACCUCAGUGGAUACUCGAAUUCUGGAGUGUCAUGGUGUAUUGGGUUGCUAUCAGGCGCUUUCCCACUUGCGGGAUUUGAUGGCGUUCUUCAUAUGAGCGCUGAAGUCAAAAACGCACCUCUUCGCGUUCCACAAAGCAUGGUCCUUAGCGUCCUCAUAAAUGGCAUUCUCGCUUUCGGCAUCAUCAUCACCAUACUGUUUACCAUUGGCGACCCCAUUGCAGUCUCCCAAACAGCAUACGUCUAUCCAAUCAUCCAAAUGCUGUACAAUUCGACUGGCUCCAAGGGUGCGACCACAGCAAUGAUGUCAUUGCUUCUCUUCAUCGGUGUCGUAGCCGUGUUCAGCACCCUUGCCUCGGUCUCUCGCUUGACAUGGGCAUUCGCAAGGGACAAUGGCUUGCCCUUGUCGGAUUUCUUUGGCAGAGUCAACGCGACCCUUCGGAUUCCCCUCAACUCUCUCUUCCUAAUAACUAUCAUUGUCAUGCUCCUCCAGCUCAUCAACAUCGGCUCCACGACCGCCUUCUUCGCCAUCCUCUCUCUUAACACCUUGGCCUUAUACCUCAGUUACAUCAUCCCCAUCCUCUUCCUCGUAAUUCACAAGCUCAAGGGAUUUCGCAUCUCUUAUGGUCCCUUCAGGCUCCCUCGCGGCACGGGCUUGCCGAUAAACAUAUUCGCGGUCUGUUAUGCGGUUUUCAUCGUGAUAUGGCUUCCGUUCCCAUCGACGGUGCCUGUCACAGCAGAGACGAUGAAUUAUGGAGGGCCAGUCAUGGGUGCUGUGAUUCUGUUCGCGCUGGUGGAUUGGUUUCUGGGCGGAAAAAGGAGGUUUCAAGUACCACUGGAUAUUCGGCAUGAUGAGCAUACGGUUGAUGAGGGUGAGUAG